AUGGCGUCUCGGUAUGACCGGGCCAUCACUGUCUUUUCCCCAGAUGGACACCUUUUUCAAGUGGAAUAUGCUCAGGAAGCGGUGAAGAAAGGAUCCACGGCGGUCGGAAUUCGAGGUACCAAUAUAGUUGUGCUCGGAGUAGAAAAGAAAUCUGUUGCCAAGCUUCAAGAUGAAAGGACUGUGAGGAAAAUUUGUGCCCUUGAUGACCACGUCUGCAUGGCUUUUGCAGUAUUGAAUACUUUUAUAGGACUAACUGCUGAUGCUAGAGUAGUGAUAAACAGAGCUCGUGUGGAGUGCCAGAGUCAUAAGCUUACAGUGGAGGACCCGGUCACUGUAGAAUAUAUAACUCGCUUCAUAGCAACUCUAAAGCAGAAAUAUACUCAGAGCAAUGGACGAAGACCUUUUGGUAUUUCUGCCUUAAUUGUAGGUUUCGAUGAUGAUGGUAUCCCAAGGUUGUAUCAGACAGAUCCCUCUGGUACCUAUCAUGCUUGGAAGGCAAAUGCAAUAGGCCGAAGUGCUAAAACUGUUAGAGAAUUUCUAGAAAAGAAUUACACAGAAGAUGCUAUGGCAAACGACAACGAAGCUAUCAAACUGGCAAUAAGAGCUUUGCUAGAAGUUGUCCAAUCUGGUGGAAAAAACAUUGAACUUGCUAUAAUAAGAAGAAAUCAGCCUUUGAAGAUGUUUAGUGCCAAGGAAAUUGAAUUACAAGUAACUGAAAUAGAAAAGGAAAAGGAAGAAGCAGAGAAGAAGAAGUCAAAGAAGACUGUCUAAUUUUUAGGAUGGACACUGAGAGUUCUUAAUGUUUUGUUAUACCAUUUAGAAUUAGUGAAGUUUUAGAGGAGAUAAGUUACUUUGCAGCAUUAAAUUUGGUAUGAUAUUUUGAGACUGCCAUAUUUAUGGCUGUCUUCAUUACAUGGACAAAAAUAGAUUAGUGUGAAGAUUUUCUCUAAAGGAUACUAGGAAAAAUAUUUUUAGUUAAAAAUUAGUAAUUUGAUUAAGUUUGAAUAUUGAAUUUUAGAGAUUUCUAUUUACUUUUUUCACUGUAACUUGCAAUAUAUUGUUUUGCUCAUUGAAAGCCUAACCCAAAUAGGUAAAGUGUGGUAAGAAUUUACAGAGAUGUUUGAAUAGGAUGCUGUAUGAACAUAAGAAAAUAAAUGAAUACAUGUAUUCUUAGUGUAGAUUUCUAUUUAAAGUAUGCUUUGUGGGAUAGGAUAUUAGGUUUGUUACAUGUUCCUUCAGUGUGGUUACUAUGUUCUUGGCAUUGUACUGUGCUUGUUUAGAGGAGCGAAAGAAAAAUAAAAAGUGAUCCUUACCCACAAAGAGGGUUUAAUCCAUAUGAUCCAGAAAAAGAAUGUUUUUAAUGCCGGAAGGAGGUUAUAUUUUGGAAAAUAAGGACAUUAAAAGUCACAAAAACCAGCUGUUGUUACUGUUAGGUGCCAUUGAGUCAGGUCGGACUAAUAGUGAUCCUGUGUACAACAGAAUGAAACACUGCCUGGUUGUCUCAGUCAUCUAGUGCUGCCAUAACAGAAAUACCACAAGUGGAUGGCUUUAACAAAGAGAAAUUUAUUUCUUCACAAUAAAGUAGGCUAAAAGUCCAAAUUCAGGGCAUUGGCUCCAGGGGAAGGCUUUCUCUCUGUCAGCUCUGGAGGAAGGUCCUUGUCCUCAAUCUUCCCUGGUCGGGGAGCUUCUCACGCGCAGGGAUCCUGGAUCCAAAGAAUGCACUCUGCUCCUGGUGCUGCUUUCUUAGUGGUAUGAGGUCCUCAGCUCUCUGCUUGCAUACAGGCCACACCCCAGGGAAAAUUCCUUUACAUUGGCUCAGAGAUGGGACCUGGUAAGGGUGUUACAAUCCCACCUGAAUUCUCUUUAACAUAAAAUUGCAAUCACAGAAUGGAGGACAACCACAAAAUACUGGGAGUCAUGGCCUAACCAAGUUAAUAUGCACAUUUUUGGGGGGACAUAAUUCAAUCCAUGACACUGUGCCAUCCUCAUAGUCCUUGCUAUGUUUGAGCCCAUUGUUGCAGCUACUGUGUCAAUCCAUCUUGAAGGUCUUCCUCUUUUCACUGACCCUCUACCAAGCAUGAUGUCCUCCAGGGACUGGUCCCAUCUGAUAACAUAUCCAAAG